AUGGUUCUCAACUGGCUAGCUCUCUCGCUGGCCAGCGUCGCUGCGGCCGAGUAUUUCCCGCCCGCGCCAGAGGGUCUGAAGAUUGUCAACUCCAAGCAUGAGGAGGGCGUCAAAAUAUCCUACAAAGAGCCGGGUAUCUGUGAAACCACCCCGGGCGUCAGGUCAUAUUCGGGCUACGUUCAUCUGCCUCCAGGAACACUGGAGGAUGUAAAUAUCGAGCAGAAAUACCCCAUUAACACCUUCUUCUGGUUCUUCGAAGCUCGCCAUAAUCCGAAGAAUGCCCCGCUGUCCAUUUGGAUGAACGGCGGACCUGGCAGUUCGUCCCUGGUCGGUCUCAUGCAGGAGAACGGCCCGUGUCUAGUAAACGCAGAUUCCAAUUCGACCGAGCUCAACCCGUGGUCGUGGAACAACUACGUCAAUAUGCUGUACAUUGACCAGCCUAAUCAGGUUGGGUUCAGCUACGACGUCGCCACAAACGGCACCUUCGACCAGCUUGGCGCCGGCUGGAAUGUGUCAAAGUGGGAGCAUGGCGUCCCUGUCCAGAACAACACUUUCUACGUCGGCACGACUACUAGCCAAAAUGCGCAGGCAUCGGCAAACGGUACGGAAAAUGCAGCUCGAUCGCUCUGGCACUUUGCGCAAACUUGGUUUACCGAGUUCCCUCAUUAUAAGCCCCACGAUGAUCGCGUGAGCAUCUGGACAGAAUCUUACGGCGGUCGCUAUGGACCAGCCUUCACUGCAUUCUUCCAGGAGCAGAACGAGAAAAUUGAGAAAGGCACUAUCGCCGCUGCCAGCGAAUCUCACUACAUCCACCUCGAUACCCUGGGGAUUAUCAACGGCUGUGUCGAUCUCCUCGUACAGGAGCCGACAUACCCCAAGAUGGCAUACAACAAUACCUACAACAUCGAGACAAUUAAUCAGACCGUCUACGAAAAUGCCCUAGAUGCAUGGAGUCGCCCGGGCGGGUGCAAAGAUCUGAUCAUGAACUGCCGUGCCCUCGCAGCAGAAGGCGACCCCCACAUGCACGGCAAUAACGAGACAGUGAACAAGGCAUGCCACAAGGCGGAUAGCUUUUGCAGCAACCAGGUUGAAGGUGCUUACGUUACGUAUUCAGAGCGUGGCUACUACGACAUUACGCACAAGGACCCAGAUCCGUUUCCACCGUCGUACUUCCUAGGAUACCUCAAUCAGAAUUGGGUUCAGGGCGCGUUGGGCGUGCCGAUCAACUAUACCGAGUCCGUUGACAGUGUCUAUGUUGGCUUCUCAUCGACAGGCGACUAUCCUCGCUCAGAUGUGCACGGCUACAUCGAUGACAUAGCGUAUGUGCUUGAUUCCGGCAUCAAGGUGGCUCUCGUUUACGGUGACCGCGAUUACGCAUGCAACUGGAUCGGUGGCGAGGAUGUGAGUCUGCUUGUGAAUCAUAAGGAGGCAGACGGUUUCCGUGAUGCGGGAUACACACCACUUCGAACGAACAAGACAUAUGUCGGUGGCCAGGUCCGCCAACAUGGCAACUUCUCUUUCACUCGCGUCUUCGAAGCUGGCCACGAGGUCCCCGCGUACCAGCCAGAGACCGCGUAUCAUAUCUUCUACCGUGCUCUUUUCAACCGCGAUCUGGCUACAGGCAAGGUUGAUACCGCUCGCAACAAGUCAUACUCUACUGCUGGCCCGGAUUCAACUUGGACCAUCAAGAACGAGGUGCCCGAGAGCCCGGAUCCGUUGUGCUACAUUCUCGCCCUGGAAGCGACCUGCACGGAUGAUCAAAUUGCCAGUGUUGUUAAUGGCACGGCGGUUAUCAAGGAUUGGAUUGUUAUGGAUGAGGCAUCACAUUAG